CUGGAGCGGAGGAAAGGAAAAGUGAACCCAUUUGUGAGUAGCAUAAGGGCGAGGUUGAAGCCAAGGCCGAAGCCAAGGCCGAUGCCACUCAAUAUAAUUCAUGAUGCAAAUGGGUUGCCCCGGACUAUUCUGACUGAGCCAAAUGGGUCCUCGGCAGAGGUGCUUCUUUAUGGAGGACAGGUUGUUUCUUGGAAGAAUGACCGAAAAGAAGAACUGCUUUUUAUGAGCAGCAAGGCUAUAUGGAAGCCACCUAAAGCCAUUAGGGGAGGUAUACCUGUCUGCUUUCCACAGUUUGGAAAUCUUGGUUCACUGGAGCAACAUGGGUUUGCAAGGAACAGAAUGUGGUCAUUUGAUGGUGACACUUCGUCUUUGCCUCCCGCUAACAAUCAAUCAUCAGUGGAUCUGAUACUGAAAUCCACAGAAGAAGAUCUAAAGAUGUGGCCACGUAGCUUUGAGCUGAGGCUUCGUAUUUCUCUUAGUGCGGGAAAGCUAACCUUAAUCCCCCGCGUUAGAAACACAGACAAUAAGCCCUUCUCAUUUACGUUUGCACUGCGCAACUACUUAUCUGUAUCAGAUAUCAGUGAAGUGCGCGUUGAGGGCUUGGAGACACUUGAUUACUUAGAUAAUCUGGAGCGCAGAAAAAGGUUCACAGAGCAGGCAGAUGCUGUUACCUUUGAUGGCGAGAUUGACAGAGUUUAUUUGACAACCCCAUCAAAGAUUGCUAUCAUUGACCAUGAGAAGAAAAGAACCUUUGUACUACGAAAAGAGAGCAUGCCAGAUGCAGUUGUUUGGAAUCCUUGGGACAAAAAGGCCAAGGCUCUUCCUGAUUUGGGGGAUGUAGACUACAAAACCAUGUUAUGUGUGGACUCUGCAGCUAUUGAAACCCCAAUUGUCUUAAAACCCUUUGAAGAGUGGAAGGGCUAUCAAGAACUCUCAACUGUGUCAUCAAGCUAUUGCAGUGGACAGUUAGACCCUUGGAAGGUUCUUCAUGGCUAUCACUCACCUCAUCCAGUCAAUCAUUAAAGGUUUUUAUGUCAGCUUUAUUAUUUACUGUACAAUAAAAACUCCCUUGCUUGUCUGUAUAUUAUCAUUGUGGCGGCACUUGGGCUUCCCAGCAGGGACUAAAUUAACUGCAUGUAAAACAUGAAAGUAUACAUGUCCAGGUCAGAUUCAAGUUUAAGCAAUAGGACCAUUUGUAUAUUUCCAGGAAUGGAAGUGUAGACAACUGGUUUCCAUUACCAUUUUGUAUAUUGCCACUUUGAAAUGGUGAGAAAGUGUAAACAACUUACUUACAUGAUGUUGUAACUAUUUUAUUUAUUUGUCUAUUGGUUCAUUCUUUUGAAGGAACCACGCAAGUUAAUGUAAACUUUUGGCUGUUUGCAAUCCUAAUAAUGUUUUUAAUGCA